AUGCAACGCCAGGCUCCUAAACUCAGGGCAGCAGGGUUUCUCCUCUUUGGAUUCGCAUCCUUCGCCUUUGUGGUGCCGGCUUCGAACCGCAUUUCGCUGGUUGGGGUUCGCCAUGGGCUCCGGCACGGCCUGGCCGGGAAGAUGAAGGAGCCUGAUCGGUGCAGAAUGGCCCUGAAGGCCUUUGACGGAGGAUUUGAUGUUCUGACGCAGCUGCUUACACUGAGCUUGGCGCUGUCUCCGGCGGUCAUGUACGAGUUCUUGCCCGGGUGGAUGCCUGAUGGCCACGCUGCCGGUGUCGCGCUGCAAGAAGAUUCCUCGGAGCUCCAGCUUCUCUCUGAGGACUUGAAGGAUUCGAGCCUGGACUCGAUCCUGGUAAGGCUUGCGCGGCUGCUGGGACGGUCGGACACCUUUCUGAGGCUCCAGAAGCCUCUGUCUUCCCUGAACUACAUCGCGGCCGCAGUUCUUGCCUACAAUCUCUUCCUGGCACCUUCUGGCUUCCCGGCUCGGCUGCCGGAGCCCCUCUUCGGCCUCUGCUCUGUGGGGCUGGGUCUGCUCAUUCUGUCCCGCGUGAGCUCGGCGACUGAGCGCUUCAGCGCAGCCCGGAGCUUGUGGGCGGAUGUAGUGAGCGCGAUCAGGAAUCUGAGUCGACAAGCUCACUUGUGGGCAGGCAGAGAUGAGUUCAUCAAGUUCUCCAGGUGGUUGCCAGCGCUUCCCGCCGCGAUGCUCUGCCACCUGCGGCACGCGGAGCCCGAGCUGGGCGCGAUGCUCCGAGCGUCGCGAGGUUCAAGGGCUCUGCAGGCCGCAGACAGCAGCCUGAGCGACCGGGAAAUCGAGGAGGUGAUUGGCCGGCCUGAGGGAAUGUCCUCCCCCCGCUACGUCUACCUCCGGAUCAUGGCGCUGUCAACGGAGCUGGAGGUCCCGGAGCUGCAGAAGACGGCGCUGGAGAAUGAGCUGCCGGGGAAAGCUGCAUUGACGGGGGGUGCCUACUAA